AUGCUCAGAUAACAUUGUAGUUCAAGCAGAAGAAAGUACACUGCAGAUUCACUUUUGUUUUGAAUGCAGAUCACAGUUUGCUCCCCAUCCAGCAGAAGAACUUCCACCCAUCCUCUUCCUCCCACCCUGGCCAACAACCCACGAGCGGCGGCCUCGCCUCUCCAUCUCCCGGCCGCCGCCGCCUCUUUCCCCGGCGAGAGUCAGGCUCGACCAGCCCGGCCGGUAUUUAAGCGGCGCAGGCCGCGGGCCGCGCCACUAACCGGGCCGCGCGGAACAGCGGCGAGAAGCAGCAGAGCAGCCGCCGCCGCCGCCGCCACUCAGUCCCCUCCUCCUCCUUCUCCUCAGGCCGGCGGGGAAGAAGGAACAGGAAAGGGAGGGCGAGGAGGAAGGACGGGCCUCUCUCCUCCGCCGCCGCUGCUUCCCUGGCCCGGCGGCCGAGUUCUUUCCCCUCACGCCGCCCGCUCUCUCGCCGCCUCGCCCCCCUGCUGCCAUGUUGGAUCGCUCGGCCCGAGCCGGGGCGAAGCGGGGCGUUUGAGGGGGCGAAAGAGUGAAGCGAGAGGCCGAGGAGGAGGAGGAAGGGCUCCGGCCUAGAGCUCCCUCAGCGCCGUCUC